ACAAAGAAUGAUAAUAAUGAUAAUGCCAUCAUCAAAUGAAUAUCGAAUAUUCAUCAUCAGUUUAUUUAGUUUGAUGAUAUUCAAUCCAAUACAAAUUAUUCAAACAAAUCCUGUUAUUGUCGAUAUGGAUCAAUUAAAUCAAUUGAUUGAUGAUGACAGUAUGAUGCUAGAAAAUCCACAGAUAUUACCACCACAAUCAACCAUACCAUAUAUUAAUGAACAACAAGAUGAAAUUGGUGUCAUCAUACCACCAACAUUAGCAACAACAGCAAAAGAAAAUGAUUUAUUCAAUGCUGAUACAUUGCCAUCAUCUUCAUCAUCAUCAUCAUCAUUUAUGGAUAAUAUGAUGAUGUUGGCCACACAAAAUAUUACUGAAAAUAUUGUACAAUUAAAUCCAAAAGAUUGUAUAUUUGUAAAAACUGAAGAAGGCAUUUAUACUUUGACAUCGGAAGAUGAAAGUAAUCUAGUCUGUGGCCUAUAUCUGAUGGCCAGUCCAACACAAUUUGUUGAAAUAGAAUUUUUACAAUUUGAUGUUAGCUGUCAUAAAAAUGGAUUAUUAAGCGUAGUAGAUGGAUGGGAAUUGAUGGGACAAUUUUUUCCAAGUGUAGAAGAUCAUCCAAUUCCACGCGAUGCACGUUAUCAUGAAUUUUGUGGUCAUGUUAAGCCGAAAAAAAUUUUUCGUAUGUCACAAAAUGUUGGUCUGAUCGAAUAUCGUAUACCGAACGUUGGACAAGGUUUUACUGUUCGGGUUAGAUUUGUUGAAAAUCCUAAACCAUGUAAUACAAUCAUUCAAGGUGUCAAUUAUGGAAUCUAUACAUUAAGAAAUUAUGGUCGUCGUAUUAAUUGUACAAUGUCGAUAUUGUUUAGCGCAUCAUUUCGUAUAUUAUCGAUGAAUGUUGGCCAAAGUUAUCGUCGUUUGGAUAGUAUGAUUCAUUCACCAAAAAAUUACGUCGCCGAAACUGGUGUUAUCAAAAAGUGUAAAAAAAGAGGCAUGAAUGAUUAUGUUGAAUUUCGUGGUGGUCAAGGUUUGGACACACAAUUGAUGCAAAUUGGCGAUGACGUUUGUGGUUUUCGACCAUUUCCACAUAAAAAACGUUUUACUGUAAUGUGUACAAAUACAGCCGUACGUCUUGUAUCCAGUGGUCAAUAUGAUAAUCAAAUUGAAUUUGGUUAUGAACCAAUGUUGGAUCUGGAACCCCCCAGUCAACAACCAGCAUCUUUAAUUUGUCCGAUCAAUCUUCAAGAUCAAUAAUGAAUAAUAAGUCAAUCUUUGUUAAGUUUUUAA